UGUGGUGCUUUAAAUACCAGUCAAUACCAAAUACCAGUCAGUUGGUUCUCUCCCAGUGCAGUUUUUUGCCUCCAUCAUGCUGGUCCAAGCUCUUCUUCAGACUUCACUGGUUCUUUGGUUGGCUCAGCAAACUCUGCAAGGCGGCGUUAAACCUCAAGGUGUAUCCUGGGGGAGAGUGUUGCCAGCAAGAGGUGUUGGCAUCGGAGUAAAACCCGGAGUGGGAGGUGCCCUUGGAGCUCUGGGGAGCAGAUAUGGCAGCAAAGCAAUGAAGAGUGGGCCUGGGCAAUAUCCUGGGGCUCAGCAUGGUGUUGGAGGCUACGGAGCUCUUGGAUUAGGAGGUAGAGCUGGUCUGAAGCAGGGUGGAUAUGGAAACCAGGGACCCUAUGGUGCCAGUCUGGGUACCGCAAAUGGACUGGGAUUGGGCUAUGGACAGGGAGGGAAACGUGCUUAUGGUGCUGGCCAUGGCAAUCUUCCAGCAUAUGGACCUUUAGCAGGCAUUGGCCAUCCUGGAGCACGGCCAGGAGUUUUCCCUGGGUAUCCCACUGGAAAGGGGGCCACGAAACACAAACCGGGUGUAUCUUCAGCAGAUUUGGGUGGACCUGAGAUGGCCAGUCUGGGCCGAGCUGCCCAAGAUCUUAAGAGAGAAAAGUUUAGAGCUCUUGGAGACUUGUAUCGAAAGCAGGAGGGAAGACUUGGACCGGAAAUGCCCAACAUGAGAAGAAUCAACAUACUGGGCCCCACUGUUCCUGAACUACAUGCUGAAAGAGAAGCCAAAAGCAUUGAUCCAUUAAUUCAUUCACCAAGUCUUGGACCCACAACACCUCUUGAUGGUAAAAUGCAUGGUCUGUCUGUUUCACAAGCACAAGGAGUAAAAAGUAAUGACCCUGCUGUCUCUAGAAGAAAGGGCACGGUAAGCCAUGAAGCGGCAAUGGCAACUGGAAGUGUACAAACACAGAUGCCCGUUGAUAAAGACAACAUCAGAAGUCUGGGUGCUGCUUCUUCUCGUGUACAGAAUGCAGGAGACCAUCGUUCAUCUAUUCAGCAAGCCCAAAACUGUGCAUCUCCCAUUGAUUUGUCAGAUGUAUUGAAAAUCAAUCACGAUGAGUUUAUGGGUUCCGAAACUCAAAUGACUCACGGUUUAUUACCACGGUCAAAUGUUGGUAAAGAGAGCAAACACCUUGGAAGCGCAAUUACAGAAACACAAAAAGAGAAGACCGAUCAGCUACCUCUUUCACAAGCUCAGGACGUUAGAGGCAAUGUACACUCUGCUCCUCAGAGUCAGGGAAGCACAUCAUAUUUAUCUGUUGUAGCAGACAAGCAGGGUGUCAAAGGACUUGUGACUGAGGACACAAAUGGAUUUCGGGGGACUAUUUCUGUGGAACACCAUAGUCGUGGUUCUGCAAGUCUUCAAAUACAAGCAGGGGGCCGCUAUGGACCAGUGAUUCCAGGUGCAAGUGGAACCCAAAGUUUAGGCAUUCCCUCAGUGGGAGGAGGGCAGGGAGCCCAAGACUUAACUGCGGAUGGUCAAGAUGUGAAACACCAUUCCCAAGCUGAACACGAUGUCUUUAAGUUAAAAACUCUCCAAAUGCCAGGACAGACUGGGAGGAAUACCCAGGCGACAAGAUAUUUUGGUGGAGCAGGAAACUAUAUGGGAGCAGGUCUUGGUGCUGGAGGCUUUGGAGCAGGUUUGGGACAGGGAGCCUAUCUGGGCGGGGCAGCUGGAAAACACGGAGCUGCUGCACUUGGACAGGGUGGUUAUCCCCAAGGUGUUGCAGGAAAGUCAACUGGCUAUGGUGACGGAGCAGCAGGGCACCUUGGUGCUAUGGCAGGCAACGGCUUCGGUUACGGGAAUGGUUACAGUGAUGGUUAUGGAGCUGGGCUUGGUUACCCUGCAGAAUUAGCUGAUGUUGCUGAGGGCAAAACAGGGAAGCGUGAAGGAGCAUUUGGUGCUGGCCUGGAACCUACUGGUGGCAAAUAUGGCGGAGCUGCUCAGAGUCCUUAUGGUAAUGUUCCAGUGAUUCCUGCUGGACUGGAAGGUGAUGGUAGCUACCCAUACGCAGCUCAGCAUCUCAGCCUUGGUGCUGAAGGCACCAAAACCGCCAACAAAUAUGGUUAUGGUGCACAUCUCGGACCACCUCAAGAUGCCUUGGCUUUCACAGGAGAGCAGACUGGCAAAUAUGGCGGGGCGAAUGGUAAUGGAUACAAAGGCUAAUUCAAAUGACCUGCACCUCUUCAAGUGGAUCAUGAGUUUUUAAAGCCUUCUGUGUGUUGUACUCCAUUUUGCCUUAUUGUGUUGGCUUUUUGUCUUUUAAUUGAUUUUCUUAACCCCCUUGACCCCCCUUGAUAUUUUUUACCUAUGUCUGUUGUAUGUCUUGUUUGUCCAAAUCCUGCUGUACCCCACCAGUUUAAUUCUAUCGAUGCUUAAAAGAUACUGGUGGUGACUGAACGUUAAAAGUGUGAGAAUAUUGUCUCUGUGUUUGAAAAUAAAAUUAUGAUUUUA